GCGCGCAGUCGCCACGGGCCCCACUCCCGCCCCCGCCGGGAGUCCGACGUGGAAGUUGCUGGCGGACCGGGCUUCCACGGAAACCGCCCGAGAGCUGGAGCCCGAGCCGGAGGCCAAGACUAGCGGAGGUGGCGGCACCGAGGCUCAAAAAGAAGUUGCUGCCAAGUCCGGGGCGUGUCUCUGACGAUCGACGAAGGCAGACAUCAUGGGUGGUUUUUUCUCAAGUAUUUUUUCCAGUCUGUUCGGAACCCGGGAAAUGAGGAUUUUAAUUUUGGGAUUAGAUGGAGCGGGAAAAACUACAAUUUUGUACAGAUUGCAAGUUGGUGAAGUCGUUACCACUAUUCCUACUAUUGGAUUUAAUGUUGAAACAGUAACAUACAAAAACCUUAAAUUCCAAGUCUGGGAUUUAGGAGGACAGACAAGUAUCAGGCCAUACUGGAGAUGCUAUUAUUCCAACACAGAUGCAGUCAUUUAUGUAGUAGACAGUUGUGACCGAGAUCGAAUUGGCAUUUCCAAAUCAGAGUUGGUUGCCAUGUUGGAGGAAGAAGAACUAAGAAAAGCUAUUUUGGUGGUGUUUGCAAAUAAGCAGGACAUGGAACAAGCCAUGACUCCCUCAGAGAUGGCAAAUUCGCUUGGGUUGCCUGCUUUGAAGGACCGGAAAUGGCAGAUAUUCAAAACUUCAGCAACCAAAGGCACUGGCCUUGAUGAGGCAAUGGAAUGGUUAGUUGAAACAUUAAAGAGCAGACAGUAAAUUCAAUCACUUCUCUGAAAAGAAGACUACAUCACAUAUCCCUUGGAAAAGUCACUUGUGCUUUACACUACUAAAUACUGAUGGCAGCAUUUGUAAUAAAUAUAAAAAAGUAUUUAGUUGGAGGGGUAACUCAUGUUGAUUGAACCAACUGAAUAGCUUUUCUCUGUAACAUAAAUAUUCCUUCCUUGCUUUCUUGUGUUAAGGUAUAUAUUCUAUUUGUAUGGAAUUCUUAUUCAAAUACAGUCCUAUUAAAGAGUGUACUCUUACUGAGGUGAAAAAAACUUUCCUAUUUUUUAAUUAGUGAUUGCAGUUUGUUUGUAUUAACACUAAUAAACUUCUUAACUCAGAUUUUUUCCCCCCAAAAUGAAUUUUUUCCAAAGACUAGACUCGAUAGAGUAGGCUAGGAAUAUAGUGUGAGUAAUAUAGUCUUCAUUUGCUUAAUGACCAUUUUAUUUAAGUUGUUUCAUUUAAAAGCACUUGGUUAUCGGCAUGAGGUUUGUGGUUAGCUGCACUCUUACCUGUCAUUGUCGUUUCAUGAGUAAUUUGUAGUUGUCACAAAAAAUUUUACACAUGCUGAUCUAGUCGGUGUGUAUAGGAACCCUGUGAUAGAAUAGGCUGUUACUGUCUCAUUUUUAUGGACUUGGACCUAAGUUUCUGAUGGUUGACUUGCCCACGGUCACUGGCUAGUGAGUUGGGAAGAAGGCUCAAAGCAAGACUUCUGAGUCAGAAGCUUGUCCUAUAAACUAUACUUAAAUUCCUGUAAAUGCUAAUAUUGGCAAUACAGACAACCCAAUCCUUAAAUAAAAUUAUAUAAAUUGAUAUCGACAUAGUACACUCAAAGUAAUGUCCAUAAAUGUAUUUAUCCAUACUAGUAGACAUAGAAAAAAUCUUAAAUUGAUAUAUGAUAGAAUUCAUAGCACACUGAAAUUUUAGAAAGGCUUUAUUUUGAGAAAUGUAAGACAUCUGUAUUGUCUUAAAUUUAUUUACCUGUAGUUAGACAUGUAAGUUCAGUGAAAAGUCAGAAUUUUAUUCUACAGGGAGAAAUUAAACAUUAUUCAUUUUAAAGAUUAGGUUUCCUGCUAGGUUAUCAGAGAAGCUUAAAAAAAAUUAUGUUCCAAAGAAAUUUUGAAAUUACCCAGCCCACCACUGGAGUAGCUGGAGUGAGGAGUGAAUGUAGUCCUUAGUAAAUACUAAAAUUGGGUGGAUUUUUUUUCAGGUUUUCUAUUAGACAACCAGUAUUAUAAAAAUCCGAUGCUGGUAAAGAGAAGCUUGCUACUACUGUGUCCCUCAGAUGCAGAACAGCAGUGGCUUUAUUUCCUAUCCCUGCCACUGUCCUUCAGAUACAGGCUUACACUUCCCUCAGGCUUACACUUCCCUCACACUUUUGGUUAUUCUGAGUGCAAAUGAAUGUUGGCUUUCUCUUCUCACCUGUGGGACUUUUAUUCAUUCCCCAGUUCCCUCCUAUUUUGGUCUCAUUGAAAUUUUUUUUGGAGACUUUUUCUCAAAGAACCUAUUACUAACCAGGCAUAGUCGUGUGUUAAAGGUCACUCCUGAUGGCAGACUGUCUUCACAUGUCUGUCUCUAGAAUCCAGGUGCCUGGCUCAUUGCAGCACCUCAGAAUGUGUUUAUGGUUGAAAUAGUAUUUGCCAGCUAGGAGAAUAGUAUUCCUCAGUUUAAUACUGGGUCCUCCUCCUGGUCAAGGGCAUGAACUGUUGGUGGAUUUGUUCCCAGGUAGCUAAGUGCUCCCCAGCAGCUCAGGAAUACUGUGAGAACAGAAUGGGCAAGUGAGCUCCUGUAGCCCUUGCCAUCUUGCAUACUGAGGGCACAAGAAGCUGUGGCAGAGUCAGCACUAGGAUGAUCCUAAUCCCUCUGGCUUAUGACAAAGAAUAGGAUGAGAAUGUACAAUUAUUUUCAUAUGGUAUGAAUUACAGGGGCCUUGUGUGUAGAGGUAUGUUACAGGAGUUUGAAUACUGAUAUUUACAAAAUCUCGAGUUCUGUUUAUGAAAAUGUGGAAAGUACCAUAUUGAAAUCAGAACACAAACGAGUUGUAGGCACAAAUGAUUUCUGAGUUUUCUUUCCUGUAUGCAAGAGACUUGGACAAAUAUGAAAGGUUUCUGUCGGCUCCAGUAAUCUAUAACUCUGGUUGGUAGUUGUAUUGUAUCAUGUUAUCACACUGUAAAAAAUGAAAAAUUCAGAGUGGUGGUUACUUUUGUUAUGUGAAUACCUGAGAUGCACUUUAAAUUGUUGAAAUGUAAACUCUGAGGGCAGUGGCCAUACCUUAUUUACUGUUAACAUCCCUUGCAUUAGUGUGGUGCACCUGGUACAUAGUAGGCGCUCAAUAAAUAUUUACUGAUUAAAACAAAGCCGCGCUCAAUAUUCCUGAGAUUUGUUUGAACUUUACCUUAGUAUUAACUUUUUAAAAAUUUUCACGAAAGCAAUACAUGCACUUACUUUAAAUCACUUAGAAUUAAUUGAAACAAGCCCUCUGAGAUGCCCAUGUUUAUCCUUCUGGCACAUUGCAAACCACCUGGAGAUAUGAGACACAAUCCACAUCCAAAACAGAUGCUGAAGUUCAUGAAUGUUUGAACUUUUGAUUCCUUGGCUGUAUACUAAUAUCCUGACUUCAUAAUCACAAAUUAAUAAAGAACAUGGGCUUUCGAUCCUAACUUGAAUCCUGAUGCUGCCACCCACGAUUCAAUCCAUGCCAUCCUUAGGUAAUGAGACUGUUUACUACUCCGGUAAACAAUCUUAGGAGGCUUUCAGAAAUAGGAGGGGGAUAUACAGCAUGAAUGCAAAGUACCUGGCACACAGGAUGGAUUGUUCUCUCUUCCAAGUAUAUUAGGCAGUAAAGAAUUAUAUUGCUUCCACAUCAAGAGUAGUGUGAGGUAAAAGAAACAUAUCAUUGAAUAAGGCAAUUCCAAAUUGCUUUUC